AUGUCAGAUUUAGGCCAAAGAAUUCAAUAAAUAGAGACUGGUUCUGCUGAUAAAUCAGUAGCCUAUACCCAGCUAGCCCAGGAUCUAGUAUCUAAAAAGGCUAUUCAAGACUUAAAGAAUUUGGUUGAUCACAUCACCAAUGAUGAUGUCUAAGUUUCAAUUAGCAGAUCAGUGUUGAGCCAGAUAUCUUAAGGUCUGUCAAAGCUAAAUAAUGAUGAUGCACUUAUUGUGGGACAACAUUCAAUCGAUAGAAUGGCUAGUAGACAAAACACUUUUGAAGAUGAAAUACAUGCAGCUAGAAGAGAUUUUGAAAAGGCAGCUAAAAUGCUUGAAAGAAUUAACUUGGACAGUAUUUCAAGAUAAGUAGAUACAGAUGAGAAAGCUUAACUCUAGGUUUAAACUGCUGAGUAUUGGUUUGAAGAUGAUGACGCUGUUAAUGCUGAAAAGUUCAUUAAUAAGGCUGCUCACAUUAUUCACAUUGUGAAGGAUUAAGCUGUCAGAAUAAGAUACAAGGUUUGCCAUGCUAGAAUUAUGGACUCUAAGAGAAAAUUCCUUAUUGCUUCCUUCUCAUACUACGAGUUGUCUAAUCAAGAAGGAGUUGAUCCAUCUGAUCUGCUUGUUUUAUUAGGCAUGGCUACAACAUGUGCCAUUCUAUCACCGGCAGGUCCUUAAAAAGCUAGAAUUUUAUCAGUUUUACAUAAGGAUCCAAGAAGCCCAAAAUUAGAACAGUUCGAUAUUUUAGACAAAAUGUUCAUGGGUAAAAUCAUCAAAAAGCCCGAUGUUAAGUCAUUCGAAGACUAAUUGCAAGAUCAUUAAAAGACUGUCUCAUAAGAAGGAUAUUCAGUACUUGAAAAAGCAUUAAUAGAGCACAAUAUCGAGGUAAUUUCUAAGAUCUACAAGAAUAUUUCUUUUGAGGAGCUUGGAAGAUUCCUUGAAAUAUCUCCAGAGCAGGCAGAAUUCAUUAUUGCUCAAAUGGCCAGUGAGAAUAGAUUGAAGGCCAUUCUUGAUUAGAAAUCCCACAUAAUUGAGUUUGAAAGCGACAAUUAAGCUAUCAAUACUUAUAACAACUAGGUCCUAAAUAUUUGUCAGAAUCUUAACACUUUGAUAUCAGGCAUUCUCAAAGCGCACCCUUAACUUCAAAAAUAUGAUACUCAUAUAAUCAAGUGA